UUCUUCGCAAGGGAACUCAUCCUGUCCAGCUGCUCUGCCCAAGGGCUGUGACACAGUCCCAGCUCAGCUGAUCUCACUGGUUGGGGCAUGAAGGGAUGCAGAGCAGCCCUGCCGAGAAGGACUUGGUGUUGCAGCCAGAUGAGAGGCUGGACAUGAGCCAGCCAUGUGCAUCCAAAGGACAGUGCCCAGCAGGUUGAAGGAGGUGAUUCCCCACCUCUGCUCAGCUGAACCUGCUGGUGAAGGUGGUGCAGCUUCCCAAGCCACAUCCAGGACUGAGGCUCUGGGAGAUGCUGAGGGUGUGUCUGCAGGGAGGACUUCUCCAGCUCCUUUGCUGAUUCCUACACAGAAGCCUGGCAACCAUGGCAGGGGUCCUCCACCAGAAGAGAUCAAAGACAUGGCAGACAAGAAAUUCCAGAAUCCAUUAGAAAUUAUGUGGCAAAUGCUGAAGGAAGUGCUGCAGAGAGGACAAGAAAUGAAAGGAGAGCCUGUGCAGAUGGAAGCACUCCCCAGAGGAAGCAGUGGUUCCGUGCCAGCCUCUGCUGCAGGAAGGGAGGUGAUGCCAGGCACAGGCACAGGAGCUGAACCUGCUGGUGAAGGCCCCACAUCCAGGACUGAGCCUCUGGGAGAUGCUGAGGGUGUGCCCACAGGGAGGACUUCUCCAGCUCCAGGGCUGGAUGCUUGGCCCCAACCCAGCUCCCAUGGCAGGGGUCCUCCAAAAGGAAAGACCCAAGAUACUGCAGCCAAAAAGUCUCAUGAGUCAGAUGAAUUCCUGACACAAACACAGAAGGAAGCACCCCGAGGACAAGUGAUGGACCAAAAGGCUGUUCAGGAGGAGGAACACUCAGAGAGAAGCAGUGGCUCAUUGGCAGCCCUAGCUGCAGGAAGGAAGGCGAUGGCAGACACGGGCACAGGCACAACAGAUGCAGCUGGCACCACAAGACCUGUUCCCAAUGCCCAGGAUGGCCUCGGAAGGGGUUUCUGUCAGGGAACAGGCUGCUGGCUAGGGUUUCUGGCAGGCAUGCUUUAUUUGGAGCUUGUCUUCAUGUUGUGCUGCAUUGGAAUCUGGUAUUCCUGGAACAGAAAACAGAUCACCUCGGGACAGGAGUUGGAAGACGGUGGCUGCACCUCACACCGACAGCGUGAGCAGCUCCUCCAGCAGCAGGAACGGCCUGGACAGCCCUCUCAAGUGUUCUGUGAGGAGGACCCCAGAACAAUCGUCGACAAGGAAGCCUCUUAUUGCCCCGCAACACUGAAGGUGACACCCCACCCCCACCCUCCCCGCCCCUCCAACUCCUGCUUGCACGAUGACAGCCGCUUGCCUUGGUGCCUGUUUGUCUUCUGA